AGGACAGCUUCAACUCUGAAGCGCGCACCCAGCCACAACAAAGCCCUGCCAUGGCCGCCUCAGCCAACCGCGCCGCCGUCAACGGCGCCGCCGGCAGCGGCGAGCCUGAGGCGAGCCGCGACCAUGUCAUCAUCUUCCCGUUCAUGGCGAAAGGCCACACGCUCCCUCUGCUCCACUUCGCCGCGGCGCUGUCGGUCCACCACAAGAGCCUCCGCGUCACCCUGGUCACCACCCCGGCGAACCUCGCCUUCGCCCGCCGCCGCCUGCCGGGGUCGGUGCACCUCGUCGUGCUCCCGUUCCCGUCGCUGCAGCCGCCGCUGCUGCCGGCCGGCGUCGAGUCGACGGACGCGCUCCCUUCCAUGUCCCUCUACCCGGCGUUCCUGCGUGCCACGGCGCUGCUGCGCGAGCCCUUCGCGGAGUUCAUGGCGUCGCUGUCCUCCUCCCCGCCGCUCGUGGUCGUCUCCGACUUCUUCCUCGGGUUCACGCACGGCGUCGCGGCCGACGCCGGCGUCCGCCGCGUCGUGUUCCACGGCAUGUCCUGCUUCUCCAUGGCCAUCUGCAAGUUGCUCCCCGUGAGCCCGCCGGCCGGCGUCGAGCACGGCGCCGGCGGUGGAUCCCCUUUUCACGUGUCCGGCAUGCCGGAAAAUGUUAUGAUCACGGCGGAGGACAUACCAUAUUCCGUUGCAAAGUUCACCGACAUGGACGACCCGGUGACCCGGUUCUUGAUUGACAACGUCUUCCAGUCAGACGUCCGCAGCUGGGGCAUCCUCGUCAACAGCUUCGCCGCGCUUGACGGUGACUACGUGGCUCCAGUAGAGGCGUUCUACGAGCAGGGAGCCCGCGCCUGGCUGGUGGGGCCGCUUCUCCCCGCCGCCGGCGAGACGCCGGAGCGGGACGAGGAGAACGACGACCCCGAGGGCUGCCUCGCGUGGCUCGACGAGAGGGCAGCGCGGCCGGGGUCGGUGGUCUACGUGUCGUUCGGCACGCAGGCGCACGUCGCCGACGAGCAGCUCGACGAGCUGGCGCGCGGGCUGGUGCAAUCCGGCCACCCCUUCCUGUGGGCGGUGCGGUCGAACACGUGGUCGCCGCCGGUGGACGUGGGUCCCGACCAGGGGCGCAUCGUCAGGGGGUGGGUCCCGCAGCGCGGCGUCCUGGCCCACGAGUCAGUGGGCGGGUUCGUGAGCCACUGCGGGUGGAACUCGGCGCUGGAGAGCCUCGCCGCCGGGAAGCCCGUGCUGGCGUGGCCGAUGAUCGCCGAGCAGUAUCUGAACGCGAGGCACAUCGUGGACAUCGUCGGCACCGGGGUCAGGGUGGACUCCGGCGGCGGCGCGGCCGUCGUUGGGAGAGCCGAGGUGGAGGAGAAGAUCAGGAUGCUGAUGGACGCCGGCGGAGAGGCGGCGCAGAGGAUGCGGGCGCGGGCCGCGUGGGCCCGGCGGGCGGCGAUGUCGGCGGUGAGCGACGGCGGCACGUCGCGCGUAGCGCUGCAGAAGCUGGUCGGAGAGCUGCAGAGAAGCUACGACGAUGUCGUCAUCAAAGUUGGGUGACUCUUCACACCACAAAACGAAUUAAGAAUUUAAGAUAAUAAGAUGACGAUACUGCAUGGAGACUAUAGAUGGCCAUCUGGGCCGCCCGGCACGGCACGGCCCAAGCCCGGCCGUGCCUGGGCCGAGGCUUGUCAGGCCGGCACGGCCCGACCGAUGCACCGGGCCGUGCCGUGCCAGCCCACGGGCGGCAUACACGGCUCAGGCACGGCCCAAUACUAGUCGGGCCGGCCCGAAGGCACGAUGGGCUAUUGUUUGAGAUUAUAAAAGCUGUCGAUACAUUGUAUUUAUAAUCAUAUGGUAGCUGGUUAUAAGAGUGUGUCAUUAUUGGUUGUGGUUGUACAUGUAUCCAUCGAUUUAAACAUGUGCGGCUAUGCCGCUACCAUCACUAUAAAUAAUCUACACUUGCCAACGGCUUCAUUUGUAAUGGAUAUAUUAUUGUUACAGAGUACGAUCUUCUUAUUAUUCUUGAACGAUCAUGAUUCAUCAAAUCCAACAAUCUGUAUUCAUCUUCUAUAUCCGACUAAACGAUCCUGAUUCAUCAAAUCCAACAAUCCAUAUUCAUCUUCUAUAUCCGAUUGAACGAUUCUGAUGGACUCUACACACUACACCUCUGACCUACA